GGCGGCUCUGCCCUCCCCCGCCCGCCGCUCCCGGCCCCUCGGCGGGGAGGCGUAGGGCUGCCGAGCCGCCGGGCGCCGCUAUAGCCGGUCGGUCGCUCCCGCCCGAGGUGUGUCCGGAGCCGCCGGCGGCCCCGCGGCUGCAGACAGUGAUUUUAUCAAGGAAGCCUCCCAGAGGGACAGUGCUGCUGCAUUCUUUUCCAUUUCACAACAUGGCCAGCAACAGGUUUAUUCUACAGGAUACCAGCUUCCCUCCUAGGGAAGGGAGUCAUUGAGAUGGCGGCAAUGGCAGAAUUCAAGAACAUCUGUUCAGUGACUGAAAUGCCAGAAGGAGACGAUACUAAACGCAGUUUCCAUCACAGAAUGUUCUUGGAACCCCAAGAGAAGAAGAGGAGCAUGAAGGCUCUGGUAGUUAAGCAAGCAAAGAAAACUUGCAGCUGCACUCCAGCCAGAGUUAAAGACUGUGUUUUUGGUUUCUUUCCCGUCUUGCAGUGGCUUCCUAAAUACAAGCUAAGAGAGUACCUACUGGGAGACAUAAUGUCUGGUGUGAUUGUGGGGGUCUUACUAGUCCCACAGUCAAUUGCCUAUUCUCUCUUGGCUGGACAGGAGCCUAUUUAUGGCCUUUAUACAUCUUUUUUUGCUAGCAUUAUUUAUUUCAUAUUUGGAACCUCCCGCCACAUCUCAGUUGGCAUCUUCGGUGUGAUUUGCCUGAUGGUGGGACAAGUGGUGGAUCGAGAAAUACAGAGGGCUGGCUAUGACUUAGAGCCAGCUGCACUCAGUGUCCUCGCAGGUACAACAGCGUAUGUGAACACCACCGUUUUGCCUGCGAAUCAGACGUCACAACAGCUGCUCUGUGAUAAAAGCUGCUAUGCAAUUACAGUGGGAGCCACCAUGACCUUCAUAGCUGGAGUUUACCAGGUAGCCAUGGGUUUCUUUCAAGUGGGCUUUGUCUCAGUGUACCUCUCUGAUUCGUUGCUGAGUGGAUUUGUCACGGGUGCGUCCUUCACCAUCCUAACGUCACAAGCCAAGUAUCUCCUGGGCCUCGACAUUCCACGGAGCAGUGGCAUCGGCUCCCUCAUAGCCACGUGGAUAAACAUCUUCAGAAACAUACACAAGACCAACAUCUGUGAUCUCAUCACCAGCUUCUUGUGCUUUCUUGUACUUAUCCCAACCAAAGAGCUUAAUGAACAUUUUAAGUCCAGGCUCAAGGCUCCAAUACCAGUUGAACUAGUCGUGAUUGUGGCAGCUACUCUGGCAUCUCACUUUGGGAAGCUGAGAGAGACUUACGGCUCAAGUGUUGCUGAACACAUCCCAACUGGUUUUCUGCCACCCCGCCCUCCAGACUGGAACCUGAUUCCUAAUGUGGCUUUGGAUGCUAUCCCCAUAGCUAUUAUUGGCUUUGCCAUCACUGUGUCCCUUUCAGAGAUGUUCGCCAAAAAGCAUGGUUACUCUGUGAAGGCCAACCAGGAAAUGUAUGCCAUUGGCUUCUGCAACAUCAUUCCCUCUUUCUUCCACUGCUUCACAACAAGUGCAGCUCUUGCCAAGACUCUUGUCAAAGAGUCCACAGGCUGUAGGACACAGAUGUCUGGCAUGGUGACUAGUUUGGUAAUCCUAUUAGUCCUCCUUGUGAUUGCACCUUUAUUUUAUUCCCUUCAGAAAUGUGUCCUUGCUGUCAUAACCAUUGUAAACCUCAGAGGGGCCCUGCGGAAGUUCAAGGACCUGCCAAAAAUGUGGCAUUUGAGCCGAGUGGACACAGUGAUCUGGCUAGUUACUAUGGCAGCCUCAGCACUCAUCAGUACUGAGAUUGGUCUUUUGGUUGGUGUUUGCUUCUCUAUGCUCUGCGUCAUUUUCCGAACUCAGAGACCAGAGGCACCGCUGCUUGGCUGGGUGGCAGAGUCUGAGACGUAUGAAUCUUUGUCUGCUUACAAGAACUUGCAGACCAAGCCAGGAAUCGUGGUGUUCCGUUUUGAAGCACCCCUCUACUACAUCAACAAAGAGUGCUUUAAAUCUACCCUGUACAAGCAAACAGGGGUCAACCCAGUCUGGGUGAAGGCAGCAAAGAAAAAGGCAGAAAAAAGAAUGCUUAGAGAGAAAGAGGUGGAUUCUGGUGGCAACCAGACCAGCAUCUCCAUGGAUUUUGUCCCUGAACCUCUAGGGUUUCACACAAUAGUGAUUGACUGUUGUGCAGUUCAGUUUCUGGACACAGCAGGAAUACGCACGCUCAAAGAGGUCUGCAAGGACUACAGGGAGAUAGAUGUCCAGGUGCUACUGGCCCAGUGCAAUCCUUCAGUGAGGAGUUCCCUGAUCCGAGGAGAAUUCUUCAAAGAGGGGGAGGACCACCUUCUCUUUCACAGUGUGCACCAGGCUGUGGACUUUGCAUUGGGUGCACAGGGGCACAGUGGGACCAGCACUUCUAAGAACUAGUUGUGGAAAGGCAGCAAGUUGGAACAAAGCCUGGGGAAAAAUGGCUGUGGGUCUGUAUGUCUAUGCAAUAUAUAUGCACUCAGAAAAAAAAGAAGCAGGGUUGUGGUUAACACACAGGUUAAUAUGCAGUCUGUUUUGAUGCUUUAAAUUUGCCUGCCAGGUGUAGUGAUUCAAUAGGUGGUACCGAAUGAAGACAAUCCUUAACUUGAUUAUGGCCAAUCUGUGAAUCCAAGAGUUUUCAUCAGCUUGUUCAUCUCAUUUCUCUUUUCUCUGGAGCUUUCCGUGUCUCAGUUCCCCUCUGAGUUUUGAUCGUCAGCAUUGAAGUCUUUAUUUCAAUCCUGUCUUUAUGGAUGGGAUGGGAAUUUGAAAUAGUUCGGGCAUCCUGUCCAGCCAAAUGAUGAGAGGCAGCUGAUUUCUUGUCCCCCUUUCUGCAUUGCUUUUCUGUAUCGCCACAGCCUUUUAUUUUCUAGGGAAUGGCUGACGGGAAUGGUUUGCUCUGGUCUUUACUGUGGAGUGAUUGGUUGGUGAUUUUGUACCCUCCCUGAAUUUGAGACUGAUGGAGAAAGAAAAUCAAAACAUGCACGUAAAGGUCUUAACGAAUAGCUUCUAACUACCUGUCACCUCCACAAGCUUUGUCAUUGUUUCCUGAGAGCCAGUGGAGGCACGGUUAUCUCAUUUCUACACAGGCCUUUUAUGUGCCAGGAAACUUUGCCUUUUUAGCUUGAUUUUUUUUUUUUGACUGAUUUUUAUUCAGAGGUGACUGUUUAGAAGUCUGAUUCGUGCUUAUGGUCAGUCAUUUAUUUUCUUAAUAUUUAAGAGCUCUUUAGAAUUGUGGACAUUAGAUGCAGGAAAAUCUCUUAAUUCUUGAGUUUCGACAGAAAACAGCCCCUUAUAGCCAGUUUUAUGUAAGAGGCAAACAAUCACAGGCACCAAAAUGAAAAGGGCCAAAUAGAUUAUCCAACAUCUGUCCAAAUUCGUCCAUGUCGUACAGACUUCAUGUGUGAAUGCAGGUUUUAUUGACCAUAGACCCUUUAAGCAUGCUCCGUCAUGGACUUAGGUAAUGGGGGUGGACAGGCCAAGAAAUGCAGCCAUUAGAAAAGGAGCCAGAGAAAUUCUUUGCUGAAUAUUUUUUAUUUACCAUGUGAGUGUAAAUAAAAUGUACUUUGAUUUUAAGUUAUGCAGAACAGUAAAGAGUGCCUGUUCUUCAUGCAAUACAAGCACUGGGUAGGAAGAGGUUCUCUUUUCUUGUACCAGUAGAAUACAAUUAUGAAGGCAGAAUUGAGAGAGUAACAGUUUUCACUGAGUACCAGCUAUACAUAGCACACAGUACAUCCUUGGAAGAUGAUGGUUUCUCCCAGGGGAGUUUACAGUCUGAAUUGCAGGUUCUUCAGAGUUUUUAAAAGGGAAAAGGUGCUGUAUACAGGCAAUACUCUCAUCCUUAAUUGUUCAAAAAUAAUGAGCCAGCAGUCGAAAAAGGAAUAAAAUGCAAUAUGAAUUGUGAAACAUUUGCUAAAUAGAAAUACAUUUUGAGUUUAGGAUUAUUUUCUUGUUUUUCUGAGCUAGGACCAGUAACUGUUCUUUCUAUGAAAGCUGAAAUGUCAUGUAUCACUUCACUCUAGGUGCUGGGACCUCAAGAGAAGGACUAAAUGGGAGAAAGAUGAGUCCCAGGACCUGGCAACCUUUGUAUGUUAACUGAACUUACUACAUUUUUUAGGACCUCAUAAGAGAAUAUAGAAACACUGGGGGAGGUGGCGGGUGGCUGUAGCAUAUAUUGAAGAAGAGCGCAUAGCUGAGGUCUGUUCUAAAACUGGCGUUGUUAAGGAACCAAAUCUCCCAAGUAUCAAAGAGAAAACGCUAAAGCUUCUGUAGUAUUCAAAAACAACAAAUACUGUUCUUUCUCAGCCUUAAGGCAUGUUUAUACAAGAGGAUGAAUCCCAAAUAGCUACUGCUGAAAUUUUUCUUUUCUGCAGUAACCUCCUACAUGAACUUCUUUAUUCUGGGCUAAGAAUCCCUUCUGCUGUUUGGAUAAUUACAAUUACUGAAUCGAUAUUAGCAGAGUGGAUUAGCCCAAGCCGUGUAAAAACAGUGAGUGGGGUUAACGCCUACACAGGGAGUGAGUGCAGGAUAGAAAUUAAGAUUUAAUUCCUCACCAUACCUGUUUUGCACUGGGUUCCCAUUCAGAGCCCCUGGGUUGGUGUUGAGAGAGAGCUGGCACGCUUGUGGCGGCUCCCGCAGCCAGGUCCAGCUGGGGAGGGUUUGUCAGGGGUUUGUGCCUGACCAUGGUGAGCUGGCUGGUGGCAGGGGCGUGGGGCAGACCCGUACACGUGCAUUUAGCUGAUGGCAGUGCCAUGGCCUGGGGGAGGCCCUUUUCAGCACAGUUUGUCCACAUUACCAGAAGGCAUCUCUAGAACUUUGAACAAAAGGCUCGAUACCAUUUAUAAACGCUGAUGUUUAACUAAUAUUUUUCAAGAUAGCAGAACAGUGCUAAAAGCAGUGCCUUCUUAAAGCCCUUAUGAAAAAUUACAGCUUAGUGAGCAAUAAGCAGUGUAUGUUACUGCAACUUACCCGCAGCUACUUGUUCUCACCCCUUUGCCUCUUAGGCAUGGGCAGCUGAGAAAGAGAGGAGGAGUGCGUAGCUGGCCAGGAGACUUCCUCUAGGGCAGGUUGGCUGCUUGUGGGGUUACAAGUAAAGUGGAAAUUGCUCUGGGUGAGUCUUUCCCAUUUACACUCACAACCUCUCUCUCCUGUACUCUUGCCACGCUGCCAAGGUGGAGACUUUUUGACCUCUCACCGCGCAUAGGUUUGUGUAGCUGAAUUCUAACUGAGAAGGGAAAAACAGUAAUUAUUCAUUAAAAGAUUUUUUUUCAAAUCCAUUUCUGCCUGUGCCAGGAAGAGAGGAAUAGCAUUGUUACUUCCAAGAAGUGUGCACUUUCCACUGCUAGCAGGAUUCAUAUUUGUAGCUCCUGGGUAUUUGUUUACAUAAAAGCACAAUAAAACAGCCAUAAAUUGAUUUUUCAAAGAAUUAAUUUAGAUUACAGCUAGAAGAUAUACUGAAGUGAUUUAUGUUUAGCUAGAGCACACCAUAUUUGGCCGCAUUUUGCUGUUUGUGCAGCCACAACUGACAAUAUAGCCUCCAAAUUCCAUUUCAAGCAAAGCAUAAGAAAUGGUAUUAAAAUGCAACAGCAAAAGCAGCCAGCCAACCAAAAUAACAACUUCUAAUGUUCUUAUUUAAGAUAAUGUCCAGAGGUCAUAUUAUUAAUAAGUCUAUAUUAAUGCACACAGCCAUAGUUAAAAGGUAACAGAAAUAAAUGCUGUUUGCCAGAGAGUUCAGUAUAAUAGAGAGUCCUUUGGAAUUAACAAAAGGUUAGAGCUUAUCAUGGUUGGAAUUUCUUAAAACAGUGGGUUUUCAGCCAUUUGCAUUUUAGGCCUAGAAAAGUUUUUUAACAGAGACAUUAAUCUGCUUUAAGCCUACUGGUAAGAAGCACAUUUUGCUUGAAUAUAUUUAAGGACCCUUUAGAAGUAAUCCAAUUUCAUCUUUAGGAGUCAAGGACCACUGACUGAAAACUGUUGCCCUAAAGAAUUUGUUUUAUAAAGGAAUUUCAUAUAUCCUUAUGUACACAUCUAUUUCUGCAUAUGUGUAUGUGUAUAUAUAUACCUUUUGCUGCUGUAUGACAGAUGCAGCAGCUAUAUCUAUCCAGUUACGCUUUUGUGAUACUCCUGUUUCUUCCUGGAAAGGGCUCUUCUGCCUUCUACUGUUUCAAAUGAACAGUGGAAAACGUAUCAGAUUUUACAAGGGGAAGCCUGCCCUACUCACUGCCUUCUACAGCUUCUCUUAUCCCUGCCUCACAGCUUUAUUUGUAAUCGAUGGAAAGAAGGAAUCUCAGAACGACUGUUUCUGGGUUUAUGCAUCUGUCCAGAACAGGAACGUUCAUCCCAGGUGCAACCUUCAGAACCCCAGGCCAGACUGGAAGAUGACACUAAAUAAGUUGAUCUCCAUUCCCAAAUGUAUUAAUCAGCAAUUAUCAGUCUAAAUGAAGAAGAUUAAGAGAUCAUUAGCACAUGAAUUAAUGACAACAACACAGCGUUAUGGAAAUUACCAGUCUCUGCUAUACUAAGGACUCCUGGAAAUGUCUGCAGUAGUCUGCUAAAUGUCAGGCUCGCUCUAUACGUUUAUUGCUGCUAUAGACAGUGGUGUCAGUUCCCCGUAACGUGGCAGUUGCACUAAUAAAUGUCUCACUUAUGUGAAUGUUUUGACAUGGGAACAAUUUUCUGUUCACUUCAUAGAACAGGGAAGGAUACUGCAGUGGGGCACAUGGUGCUUAUUUUUGUGUUUAUAAUGACAUUGCCAACCUUAGUCUUGUGUGAUAUAGUGAUCCCAAUUCCCUUGUAAGCCAUUGCAGCUUCAUCUGCUCCUCUCUAAUUCCCUGCAAGACCCACCUCCACCUCCUUGACACUUCUGUGUUUUGUCAUAAGACAUUGCAUAUGAUUGACUGUAAAUAGAAGAAUCACUGCUUUUGUGUAUGUUGCUAUUAUGUGUGACCUGCUACUCAGUUUUCAUGCCAGAUCUUUUGAUAAGGCUAAAGCUCCUGAACAGGGAGUGGAAAACAACUCCAGUCCUCUGGGUGCUGGGGCUGGGAGAAAGGGGGCUGUGGGCGGCUGGCAGGGAAGCACCGCUGUGCAUGCCCCGUCGCGAGCACGCUGGAGCCUUAGCCUGGAGUGGGGCUGUGCGAGGGUUUGUGUAGCUGCAGGAGUAACGGUGCUGCCCAGGGAUGACAGAUUAACCUGGAGGUGUCUAUUAUGCGGCUACUGCGACUCUGUGGUACGCAGCCAUGUGCCUGUCUCCAUAACAAGUGUAAUAAUAACGCAGGACCUAGUUCUUGUGCGGUGCUGCUGCAUGAGUCACUGUCCUGAAUUACAUAUGUAAGGGAUUUCUGUUUUCAUGCUUAUUUAUUUUUAUCUAAUUUUAUUCUAAGUCUGUGCAUGGCUCUCCCAGCCGUGCUGGGAGCAGAGCUUCCAUGACUGCUGUGCUCCUUCCCUGUCAGGCUGCAGUGAUGAAUGGAAAAGUACUCUCGGGGAAAAAGCAGUCGUUCCUUCAUCUCCAUUCACUUCUGCCGGCUUGUAGAAUCCCCUGCUGAUGGGUCUGAAGUGCAGGGGUGAGGUGCUGCAGGCAGGAGAGCAUGCUGGCUGUCGCACCAGGGGUUUAAGCCAGUUGAUACCCAGCUGCCUCCCACAGAUUGUGCUGAGGUUGGCUGUGAAUUCUGCCUGUGCCAGGUCCUAAAUGUAGGUGAUACCUGGCGGGGUCCAGUCUUUCUGUGGCCAAACCUCCCUUGAGAAGACCAGCAACACUGCACAUCUCCUUGGGUCCAGUUCCUGAACCUUUCACCCAAGGGCUGUGCUAACUCACUGUUCUCCACCACGCUUAGCUACCUGCUGUCAUCUCCAGUGCUGCCGGUGCAAAGCUUUUAAGCAGGUUGAAGUCAGGUCGCCCACGUCUCCAUUCCAGACAUGGUACAGGAACACUCAUGCUGGCCUGGACCUUACCCUCCCAGUGCUCCCAGUGCAGUGAAGAGCACGGCUGGGUUGUAGGAGACUUCUGGUCUAGAAUAAGAUCAUAGUAACUGGAAUGAGAAGAAACCCUUUGAGUUGAAGGUGAAACUUUUCAGGCAAAUAGUUUGUUUCAGGGCAUUAUCUUCUGUUGUGAUUUUAUUUUCACAUGCUUUGGGAAGGUGAUUAAAUGAUUGAGGUGAUUUACAUUUUUAAAUUUUUUUUUUACUGACACGGCUAAGCUAAUGAAGCUGUGACAGAUAGUCGUCUGCUGCUCAUGCCAUACAAGGUGCUUUGUAUCUGUGCGGCUUAUUUUGCUUUGCUGAGUCUCAAUGUAGGAUACUGUUGUCAGACUUCAAUAUUGAUGUAACUGCCCACACUGGAAGGGCUUUGCACUUCUACUAUGCUGGCAUAGAUAAAAUGAGCAAUGCUUUUGGUGCAGACUUUGCACUGUGAAUGGCCUUGUUAAGUCCCAAGAAUUACUUGCACUUGGUUAUCAUGUUUGUAAGCUUUUGUAGGAUCAGCUGCUUAUGUGAAAAACUACCUGAUCUUUACUAUUUUAGUGAAAUUCCACCUGAAGUGGAAAUAAUUCUGAGUCUUGCUUUUUCUUUUGAGAUAAUUACAAUGCUACAAGUGAGGACUUCAGUUAGGUAAAAUGGCAAAUACUUAAUAUAUAUAUAUUUAGUUCAUAGUAUAAUUAGUACCUUUCUAUUUUGUUUUCUAGAGAUUGUAUAAGCUAAGGCAUAUUGCUGUUUUCUAAUGUGCAAAUAAAAUAUUUCAGCAGUGGAUGGAGAAUCAAAUCUCCAUUGAGAAGAUUUACUGCCAAAAAUAUUUAAAUUCCUGCUCUCUCCAGCUCUGAAAGCACUUAGCGCUCAGCCUGGCCCCCAGAUGAUCUCAGGACUCCACAGAAAGAUAGUGAAACAUUUUGCUGGACUUGGGUCCAAAUUUUUUAUGUCUCAUUUUUGACUUAAGGAAGUAAAUUUUAUGUAUAUUUGAAAUGCAACUGAAACAUGGUUAAGGAGAGGUAAAGCCUCACUUUUUCUGGAAAGCACACGAUGCUUUGAGUUCAUCAGCCUCUUGAGUCCCUGACCAUCAUGUCUGGUACCUUGGUAUAUUCUGGGUUAUGAGUUUUGGAUUAUUUUAAAUUGAGAAUAAUUUUAGGUAUUAGUGACUUAAUGCUUUGCAGAAUAAACAAAAUGGUAAAUUUUGCCUGGAGUAGUUUUUUCAAGUUGGAGAAUCAGUUUAACCAAACAGGGACCUCAGGAAUGGAAUAGAUCACGUUGCUUUAGAUCACAAGUUUACAAAAUAGUUUAUUUGAAUAAAAUGUGGAAAAUUUGUAUAGUAUGUAUAAAAGAUCACCUUACUUUUUACUGUUACUUACCUGUGCAGUAAGGGUAGGAUACAACAUUUCCCCCAGUUUGGUGGUGGCUUCCAGGGCGCUGGGGAGUCACCUUGCUGUGUGGCAUCAGUCCGUGCUGGAUGGCUGUUCGCUGACACGGACUUUGCCUUGUGCCUGGUGUGGGGAGAUGUGUUGCCAUCAGCUUGUCAUUGAGUGCUGCACUCACUGACCAGAUGUUUGUGGUGGAAGUUGUAUUUUAUCAUUGUCUUAUGUCCUGCCAUCAGCUGUGGGGUGUAGCCUCUGCAUGUUGUUGACCCUCCUUUACACUGUCUCUGUUAGAUCUGUAUCAGUUGUCAUUUUGAAAUGAUAAUGUGCCUUAUUUUCAUUGUAGAAGAUUUGCUAGCACAAAAAUUUUCUGUCAGAUACGGUAAAAUCUUUGGGAUUUCUUUAUGAGCAUUAAAAGAUUAUAUUUAUGGUUUUA